CAUGAGGAAGGGACAUACAAAUAGAAAGCCGAAGGACGCAGAUCUUUCUUUGUACGGGAAAGAAAAUUAGAUUCUAGUUGAAAUCUCUAGUCUAUCUUUCUUGUUCCUUGGACCCUUCAAUCGCCUGAACUGUACAACUGUCCCGUCGACACACACCACCGUCAAAGAUGCCUAAGAUCACGACCCUCCUCUUCGACUGCGACAACACGCUCGUCCUCUCGGAGGAGCUCGCCUUCGAGGGGUGCGCGGAGCUCCUCAACGAGAUCUGCGCGGCCAAGGGGGUCCGGCUGGAGCAGCAGUUCACCGGCCCAGCGCUGAUCGUCGAGUUCGUGGGGCAGAACUUCCGCGGCAUGGUGACGAGCCUCCAGGCGCGCUACGGCUUCGACCUGACGCCCGAGGAGCUGGACGACUACGUGCGGCGCGAGGAGGACGUCGUCAUCGCGCGCCUGCGGGCCGCCCUGCGGCCCUGCCCGGGCGUCGACGCCGAGCUCGAGAAGCUGGCCGAGCACCGCCGGUACCACCUCGCCGUCGUGUCCAGCUCGGCCCUGCGCCGCGUCCAGGCCAGCAUCGAGAAGGUCGGCCACGACAAGUUCUUCAACGGCGAGCACGUCUUCUCCGCCGCAAACAGCCUGCCAAAGCCCACCAGCAAGCCCGACCCGGCCAUCUACCUGCACUCCAUGAAGGUCCUCGGCAAGAACGCAGACGAGUGCGUCGCCGUCGAGGACAGCAAGAGCGGCACCACCAGCGCCGCCCGCGCGGGGAUCAAGGUGAUCGGCUACGUCGGUCCGUACGAGGAGGAGAGGAGGCCCGAGAUGGAGAAGGUGCUGAGGGAUGCCGGCGCCUCCGUCAUCAUGCAGGACUGGAGCGAGUUCGAGUCCUGCCUCGAGAAGAUUGAGAACGGGAGCUCGUAAACCCGCUAGCCAGCCGUGAGAUCCGGGGCAAGAAAUCUUUCUGCUGUUUUCGAACAGGCCGUCAGGAAGAGGGGGAUCGGGAGGGCAUCGGUGAUGCCGGACUUUAGCGCAUGAAAGAAACCCUGUCUUAGAGAGAGUGUUAGAACCCUAUGUACCCUUGAUAGAAGCACGCGGGGAGGAUAUCCAAACCAUUUCCGCCAAUCCAUCAGAAAACUGUUGACACUUUGCAACGUAGCCC